AGCCCCCGCCUCCCUUCGCCAAGGCCAGCGACUGAGGUUGUAGGGAGAACUGGAAGCGCGCUAGUAGGGGGAAGCGUCGCGUUAAAUCCGUCUCCUCCCCAGACCCCACUUCCGAGGGGGUGGGCGAUAGAGGGGAGAUUGGGGUUGGAGCAGCGGCGAGGGGGCUCCUCCCUUGCACCUCCCCCCACAGGACUUGGUCGCGCCCAAAGUGUAACACUUUCUCUUUGUCGGAGGAGCUCCCCUGUUUCCCGUGCUGGAUCUCCCGUUGAGGAGGCGCCCGAGGCAGCCCUGGAGGAGGCAGGAGCAGUUGGAGGGAUGGCAGCGACCGACAUAGCUCGCCAGGUGGGUGAAGGUUGCCGAACUCUCCCCCUGGCUGGACACGUGGGGUUUGACAGCUUGCCGGACCAGUUGGUGAAUAAGUCAGUCAGCCAGGGCUUCUGCUUCAACAUCAUGUGUGUGGGAGAGACAGGUUUGGGCAAGUCUACCCUCAUGGACACCCUGUUCAACACUAAGUUCGAGGGGGAGCCAGCCACCCACACACAGCCAGGUGUCCAGCUUCGGUCCAAUACCUAUGACCUCCAGGAGAGCCACGUGGGGCUAAAGCUCACAAUUGUUAGCACGGUGGGCUUUGGGGACCAGAUCAACAAGGAGGACAGCUACAAGCCCAUCGUGGAAUUCCUCGAUGCCCAAUUCGAAGCCUACCUGCAGGAGGAGCUGAAGAUCCGCAGGGUCCUGCACACCUACCACGACUCUCGCAUCCACGUCUGCUUAUACUUCAUCGCCCCCACGGGUCAUUCCCUGAAGUCUCUGGACCUAAUGACGAUGAAGAAGCUGGAUAGUAAGGUGAACAUAAUCCCCAUCAUUGCCAAAUCAGAUGCCAUUUCUAAGAGUGAGCUAACAAAGUUCAAAAUCAAAAUCACCAGCGAGCUUGUCAGCAACGGGGUCCAGAUUUACCAGUUUCCUACGGAUGACGAGUCGGUGGCAGAGAUCAACGGAACCAUGAAUGCCCACCUGCCUUUUGCUGUUGUUGGCAGCACAGAAGAACUGAAGAUAGGCAACAAGAUGAUGAGGGCCCGGCAGUAUCCUUGGGGCACAGUGCAGGUUGAAAAUGAGGCCCACUGCGACUUUGUGAAGCUGCGGGAGAUGCUGCUUCGGGUCAACAUGGAGGACCUCCGGGAGCAGACCCACAGCCGGCACUAUGAGCUGUACCGCCGCUGCAAGCUGGAGGAGAUGGGCUUCAAGGACACUGACCCCGACAGCAAACCCUUCAGUUUGCAGGAGACGUAUGAGGCCAAAAGGAAUGAGUUCCUAGGGGAACUCCAGAAAAAAGAAGAGGAGAUGAGACAGAUGUUCGUCCAGAGAGUCAAAGAGAAAGAAGCUGAACUCAAAGAGGCAGAGAAAGAGCUGCAUGAGAAGUUUGACCGUCUGAAGAAACUACACCAGGAUGAGAAGAAGAAGCUAGAGGAUAAGAAGAAAUCCCUGGAUGAUGAAGUGAAUGCUUUCAAACAGAGAAAGUCGGCAGCCGAGCUGCUCCAGUCCCAGGGCUCCCAGGCUGGAGGCUCACAGACUCUGAAAAGGGACAAAGAGAAGAAAAACUUUUUUUAAUCUUGUCUUCAGCAGCUGCACUAAGUCUAAAGGAGAAGACUGCCAUUAUAGAAGAGUUAGGGUUCCACAUUGUCUCAAACCCGAAACCAACCAACUCCCUCUCCCUCCAUGCGCGUGCGCAAACAUACACACACACAAUACACACUCAGCAAGUGUUCAUGUGUCCCUGUGUCCAGGCAAGAAGCUCUCUCCUGACUUACAUGGUAUUUUAAACGAAAGUGUCUUGUCCUAGCCUAACAAGGCAGGAAAAGAACCGCCAGAGCUGGAGAAUGGACCAAGUGUAACCUCAGAGAGACAACUGCAGGAUGACUCACCCAAGUGUAAGUGACUGGGGCAGGAGACCUCAGCUGUGGGUGUGGAAGCACUGUUCACAAGUUUUCGUUUGAGUUUCUUGUUUUUCUUUUUAAACACGAAUUCUCCGGUUCAGUGGGUUGACUGUCCACAGCCACUAGUAAACAUUUCUGAAUGGAAGAGAAAGUCAAGUGACAUUUGUAUCUUCUUCAGCAUUCCCAGACCUUCUGCAGACCCCCACCAAGGGGGAAAUGGACCCACUAACACUCAAAAGUAGAGGAAGAGUCCUCUACUUUUCCUUUAUUAGCAUGGAUUUAACUGACCGGUUGAGAAAGGAAAGAUGGGAGGGGGUUUAAGCUUAGUGAGAGCAAAAUUCAUUUAUUCAACCUUCCAAGGCUAGUUGGGGUUCUGAGAGGUUUCUGCUCAACCUGGGAUCUGGCUGGAGAGCUUUGAUGUUGAUAAAUCUGCCUUGAAUUUGUUGGUUUAACUUGCAUCAAAAUACCAUGUAAGUGUGCUCCUUUCCAUAUAUCCCUACAACCAUCACCAUCCCACUGUCCGGUGUCUCUUGAGAGAGCCUCUUUGCAUGUUUUCCAGAAUCUGUGUUUGUUUUUCCUUUCUUUUCCUUUGUUCUUUUUGCUCAACGGUGUGACCUUCACUGCCCCUCUGGGGCUUUCAUUCGCCAGGAGAAACAUCCCCAAACCAGCACUGUUUAGCUUGAUACCUUUCUAAUGUCCAUGUCAAUUUUCAAUAAAAUUCAAAGAA